AUGUCUAGCUAAUGCCAUUUUGUCCAAAAAUAUAAUAAGGUUUCAGGAAAACAAACUAACCUCAUUCAAGGGCAGCUCAAAAAUGAUUUCCUUAGAAAUUUUCCAUCGAGUGCACUUAUAUCAACUCCUUUUUCCGGCAAAUCUUUAAGUGUGAUAUACUCUCCAGAAACUCAAAAACUUAAUGAGAGAAUAUAAGAAGAACUUAGUCAAUUAGAUGAAGUACCCAUCUAUCACUUUCCUUAGAUGUAUAAUAGAGAGGAGGAUAAGAUGUAAUACUAAGUUUAAACUAUGUAGUUUUUUGAAAAAUCCUAAAUGCUUGAAGCCAUAUUGAACUACAAGAGAAAACGCUGGGAUAUGAUCCUACCAAUCAAUGAGUUCAUCUCAGAGUAGAAUUGUCAAGGAUUUUGGAUUCUCAAAAUUAUUACUAAAAAAUUCAUAGAACUCAACAAUUAUGAUAAUUCCAAAGAACUAAUGAACUUUUGUUUGAAACUAUUAAAUAGAAAUCUUAAUAUAAAUCACGAUGAUAUAGUUCAAUAAUUAGAUGGAUGCAUUCGAAUAAAUCCUUAUUGCUUAUUAAAGAAAAGCUCCAUUAAACCAUCCAUCUCCAAUCUUCUUUCAAACCUACUCUUUGAGCAUAAAAUCUCAAAUCAUUUAGAAAUUUUCCAUACUCUUUUUAAUGAUUUUGAGAACAAAGAUCUUGACUCCUUAAAACAACAUAUUAAUUUAGAUAACUAAUUUAAGUAUCUAAAGGAGAUACUAAUAAAUAAAUUAUUAAGAAUAAGCAAAUGA